AUGUAUAGGCAAAUUUUGGUUCAUAGCGACCAUACGCCCUUUCAGACGAUCUAUUGGAGGGAAGGCCCUGAUCAGCCCUUGAAGACAUACGAAUUGUUGACGCUGACUUACGGGACAAAGCCUGCGUCAUACAUAGCCGUCAAGUGUGUGCAGCAAUUAGCCAAGGAGGAAGGUAAGGAAUUUCCGUUAGCAGCCAAGGUCUUGAUGGAAGAUCUGUAUAUGGACGAUCUCUUGACCGGCGCUGAAACCGUGGAGGAAUUGGCGUCCCUAAAGGAGCAGCUAGAGGCGUUGCUGAGUUUAGGCGGGUUCGCGCUGCAUAAGUGGAACAGCAACGUAGGGAAUCUGGGUGAGAAAAAGGCGUUCGAUUUGGGUAGCAUAUUCAAGUCCGAACAGGAACGCGAAACAAAAUUACUGGGAAUAGGCUGGUCUCCGAUCACGGACACGUUGCAUUUCAUGGCGGCAAAACAGCAGAAAAAAGGGCGAGUUACUAAAAGAGCAAUAUUGUCGGAAAUAGCUGGAUUGUUUGAUCCUUUAGGCAUAAUAGGUCCAGUUAUCACGUCCGCGAAGAUUUUAAUGCAAGAGUUAUGGAUCUGUAAAGUGGGAUGGGACGAUUCCGUGCCACUGAACGUUCAGAAUUCUUGGUUAGCAUUCAGGUCACAGCUGUCCGACUUACAUUCAACGAAAAUACCUAGACUGAUAGGCGCGAUGGAUGUACACAAAACGAGUUUGCACGGAUUCAGUGACGCGAGCGAAAAGGCGUACGGGGCGUGCAUAUACAUAUAUGGUGUGCGAGAAUUCCAAAUCGAGACAUUAGUUCCAAGUUAG